ACCUCGUCCAGCAGCUUUUCGAUUUGCACAACCAAGAGCGCCAGAAGAACGGCGUCGCGCCGUUCACGUGCCUCGACUCGCAGCUCAGUGAGCUCAGCGCCGAGCACGUCAAGUACGAGAUCUCGAUCGACGACAUCAACCACGACGGCUUCAGUGAGCGCUGCCAAAAGGUCGGCAACGUCGCCUGUGGUGAGAACACGUUGUAUGACUUCAAGGGCGAUGCGGCCAAGUUUACGCAGAGCUGGAUGAACUCGGCGGGCCACCGUGAGAACAUCUUGAACGGCGCCUACAAGCACGUGGGCUUUGGUGUCGAGAAGGGUCCGAGCGGCAAGUGGUUUGCGACGGCCAUGUUCACCGACUCGAACCCGCGUUCGGACGUGUGCGGCGGCAAGCCCGGCCCCGUGGCGCCCACCGACGCGCCGAACACGCCCAAGCCGACGAGCCCGACGACGGUCAAGCCCACACCGCGCCCGCUGCCCAAGCCCACGAAGCGUCCUACCGUGGCACCGACGCCGGCCCCAACUGAGGCACCUUCGGAUGACCCUUGGGACGAGCCGUCGGAUGAGCCUUCGGACUCCCCGACGGAGGCCGACGAUGUGGUCAAGCAGCUUUUCAAGUUCCACAACGAAGAGCGCCAGAAGAACGGCCUCAAGCCCUUCUCGUGCCUCAACACCAAGCUGAGCUUGCUCUCGAUGGACCACGUCAACUACGAGAUCCGCGUCGGCAAGAUCAGCCACGAUGGCUUCAGCGAGCGCUGCAAGCAGGCCGGCAACAACGGCGCGUGUGCUGAAAACACCUUGUACAACUACGACGGCGACGCCCGCGGCAUGACGACGCAGUGGAUGAACUCGGCCGGUCACCGCGCCAACAUUCUCGGCAGCGCGUACGACAACGUCGGCUUUGCAGUCAAGAAGGCGUCGGACGGCAAAUACUACGCCACGUCCAUCUUCACCAAGGACAGCCGUCCGUGCGCCUAAGCACUUAUUCUAUCUGUUUCUAUAAAACCGUCAAUUUCGCAUUGUAUAUGAUAUUGAAUAUGAGCCGGCAGUGGCUUUUGUGCAUCAAUAG